CAGCACCGCCACAGCUCGACUGAACGGCUGCAGAGAGAGAGGGAGGAAGAGAGACAGAGGGCGGCAAGAGCGGGGAGAAACGGCCCGGGGACUGGGGGACGAUUGCCGCAGACGUAGGGGGAAGAGAAGAAAGUCGGAUGAAUCAAUGACCUUUUGAGCGCUCUUCCUCUGGAUGUCCCGGUGCACAAACGGACCGGAGACCUUAAAUGUUGGUGUGUUUCUAUAAGAAAAACACUGUGCUUUGAAAUUCAUCGACUGGAAUUGGCUAAGGGCAAGUGUGGACAGCCGGCUGCCAAGGAGGAAGUGGGAACCCCGGGCUUGGACUGGGCCUGAUUUAUAUAGAAGGCUUUUUGUAGGAAGCUACACCAGCUCAACUGAGAGCAGCUGGACUUUGAAGGAGAAAUAAGACUUGAAAUGUGGGGUCUGAAGAAAGUCUGUGCUCAACGGUUAGUUUAAAACAAGGGGAUGUAAUUUUUUCUUCUUACAUCGGAGGGCAGUGGAUCAUGAAAAUAUAUCCCCACCCAAUUCUGCGAGGGCUCCACACAUACUGCUCCGACUGAAUGCUCGAAGUCACCAGUUCAGGUCAGAUCAUCACAGUCCAGCUAAUUGUACCACUCUGUUAAUCCAACUGUACAAACUUGAAAGUCACCGCCUUUUGAAUAUUGACACUUGUGUCAGCCCACCGCUGCCGUCACGUGGAGGGCUCCCAGCACACAUUGAAACUGUAACUACUCAGUUGUAUUGAAAACAACUCUUUUUACUCUCAUUAGAGAAGUAAAAAAUUUUCUUCUUCUAACGAAGUAUUUAUGCACAUCAAACAAGAUGGGGAAAAUGCUGUCAAAGAUCUUUGGCAACAAGGAGAUGAGAAUAUUGAUGCUUGGACUUGAUGCUGCUGGUAAAACUACAAUCUUGUACAAGCUGAAGCUGGGACAGUCUGUCACCACCAUCCCCACAGUUGGUUUCAACGUGGAGACUGUCACCUAUAAGAAUGUGAAGUUCAACGUGUGGGAUGUGGGGGGACAGGACAAGAUUAGGCCUCUUUGGAGACAUUACUACACAGGCACCCAGGGCCUCAUUUUCGUGGUGGACUGUGCCGACAGGGACAGGAUCGAUGAGGCGAGGCAGGAGCUCCACCGAAUCAUCAACGACCGAGAGAUGAGGGACGCCAUCAUCCUGAUCUUCGCCAACAAACAAGACCUCCCAGAUGCCAUGAAACCCCACGAGAUCCAGGAGAAGCUAGGCCUGACCCGGAUCAGAGAUAGGAAUUGGUACGUUCAGCCCUCGUGUGCUACAACAGGGGAUGGACUUUACGAGGGCCUGACCUGGCUUACCUCAAAUUACAAAUCUUAAUGUUUCUCCCCCUCACCAGCCUGGACACUUGGAGGCAGAAAAAGUAGCUGAGAAUGAAAACAUGAGUUUAAAAAAAAUGCAAUCUGAAGCAAUUAAUACCACGACCUCUCUACUGAGUAUAUGUCAAAGAGAGUAGCAAUUAUAUUUUGUUUCAUUUUUCUUUUUGAUAAUGAUGACUUCACUAUAACCCCAGAUUUCAUUUAAACAAAGGACAAUUGUUUUAUGCCUGGCUUUCUUUUUUUCUUUUAGUUUGCUUUGGUUCACAUUCUGUAUAAUCAGUACUGUUUAAAUAUCCAAUAAGCUUACUUUUGAGCUCUUACUGCAUAUUCUUUUGUUUUCCUCCUUUUGUAUAAUUUCUUUUAGGGGACUUUGGGACACACACUUUUAGUUUUGCCCCUGCUUAGCUCUCACUCAGUAUUCCCAUGACCCAGCUACAUAUCCAAAGGAUGGGAGAAGUCCAGAAACCAUCGCCUAGCAUCAGCAUAUCACUUUCAUGGCUCAAACUGCCUUUGUAAUGUGUAAGAAUGUGUAUUAUGGAUAUGGUAGGACCUUGGAGAAAAAAAAAAAAAGAAAACUGUUUUCAUAAUUGAUUGUACUGGGAUGAAUGAGGAAAUGUGUUAGUACGUAUUUCCUGUGCAGUGAUCACAUCCAUAAUGUCUACUGUGGGGGUUUGUUUGAAAGACACUAUGUGGACGCUGGAUAUUCACACACACUGUGAUAUGGAUAUAUGUUUUUGUUGUUUCAGGGUCUGAACCUGUUACCACCAGUCUUACUAUUAUUAAUUAUUAUUGCCUCUUUUUUUUUUUCCUCCCAGAGCUUCCAUUACUGUUGAGUAUUUGUAGUUUCAGCUGCCUUAGGAGGGGUCACAGGUACCCCAAAAUCAAGACAGUUACUACGGCAGAAGGUAUUCUAAACCGCUGAGUUUGCACUUUGGGAGGGGGCGGGGAUUACCGACUAGCUGGCUGUGCACAUUUUGAUUUUCUGUGACUGACUUUUGGACCCCAGCAAGUGUUUACGAAAUUCCCAACCCCCCACCACCUCCAAUGUAGGUGCUUCAGUGACUGCUACCCUCCUCUUCUUCUCUCUCUCUCUCUUUUUUUUUUUUUUUUUUUUACCCAUCAUCACCUGCCUGUACACUUAAGGUCCUGCCACCUUCUGUUAAUAGUUCCUAGAUACUGCUCUUUCAUUAUUUUUUUUUUCUUUUUGCUCUGCUAAUGAAAUAAUAAAAAGAUAUAUCCAGAUCA